ACGCGGUCUUGAAUAAGUAAUUAUUAGCGUCCAAAGGCGCCUAUAAAAGUAGGUAAUUCAAAGUUGAGGCCAAGGCGCUUUUCAAUUCCGUCCAAGCUAGUGUCGCCUCGUUCUUAAACGUCACAUAAAUUCCCUAUUUUUCCCCCAAUUUUUCCGAAUCCACACAUGCCGAUUUCACAUUGAUUCGACACACAUACAUACAUCGCCCCUAUCGUCGGCAUUUCUCACCGAGAUAUCGACGAAUCGAUCUACGUUCCCCUCUGUACUGAUCUUGUGCUGGGCUGAUCGGAUUUGUGAUACAAGGGAAAAAUGGGAAGUUUGGCAGCGAUGUUGAGGCAUCCAGAUGAUGUGUAUCCUCUAGUGAAGCUGAAGAUGGCGGCGAGGCACGCGGAGAAGCAGAUUCCGCCUGAGCCACACUGGGCCUUCUGCUACACCAUGCUCCACAAGGUCUCUCGAAGUUUCGGCCUCGUUAUUCAGCAGCUCGGCACCGAGCUCCGCAACGCCGUAUGCAUUUUCUAUUUGGUUCUUCGAGCACUCGAUACUGUUGAGGACGAUACAAGCAUAGCCACAGAGGUCAAAGUACCUAUUCUACUGGCUUUUCAUCGUCAUAUAUAUGACCGUGACUGGCAUUUUUCAUGUGGUACAAAGGAGUACAAGGUUCUGAUGGACGAGUUCCAUCAUGUUUCAACAGCGUUUUUAGAGCUUGGCAAAGGUUAUCAGGAAGCAAUUGAGGAUAUUACCAUGAGGAUGGGUGCAGGAAUGGCAAAGUUUAUUUGCAAGGAGGUAGAAACAAUUGAUGAUUAUGAUGAAUACUGUCACUAUGUAGCCGGACUUGUCGGGCUGGGAUUAUCAAAGCUUUUCCAUGCCUCUGGCUUGGAAGAUUUGGCACCAGAUUCUCUGUCCAAUUCUAUGGGUUUAUUUCUUCAGAAAACAAACAUUAUUCGAGACUAUCUGGAAGAUAUAAAUGAAAUACCAAAGUCACGCAUGUUUUGGCCUCGACAGAUAUGGAGUAAAUAUGUUAACAAACUUGAGGACUUAAAAUAUAAGGAAAAUUCAGUUAAAUCAGUUCAAUGCUUAAACGACAUGGUUACAAAUGCCUUAAUACAUGUGGACGAUUGCUUGAAAUACAUGUCAGCUCUGCGAGAUCCUGCCAUCUUCCGAUUUUGUGCAAUUCCACAGAUCAUGGCAAUUGGAACCUUAGCUUUAUGCUACAACAACAUUGAAGUCUUCAGAGGUGUAGUAAAAAUGAGGAGAGGUCUUACUGCUAAAGUUAUUGACCAGACAAAAACCAUUUCAGAUGUCUAUGGUGCUUUCUUCGAUUUUUCUUGCAUGCUGAAAUCAAAGGUUGAAAAAAAUGAUCCCAAUUCUACAAAAACAUUGAGCAGGAUAGAAGCAAUUCAGAAAACUUGCAGAGAAUCAGGAACCUUGAGUAAAAGGAAAUCUUACAUCCUCAAGAGCCAACCAACACACAAUUCAACUCUGAUAUUUGUGUUAUUCAUUAUACUUGCCAUCUUGUUUGCUUAUCUAUCUGCAAACAGACCACCAAUAAAUAUGUGAUUGGCUCCGGUGAGGAUCCUGUGGGGCAUUCAUGACCUAGCAGCAGCUAAGCCUGGGCAUCGAACUGUGAAUGCUUCUCAGUAAUUUCUAGAUACAAUGUGUGACCCUAGUCUCGCUACCGUAUGGAUGUUAAUGCAUGGUCUCCAUAGCCCCUAAGGCCAUGCACAACCAAACUACUGGUUUGCAGUGCACAACUUAAAAUAAGUACACUACCAGCUAUAUGGUUUGUUUAUUUGUUCACAGGUUUAUACAAUCUAAAUCGCAGUGGUCACUUUAGAGGACUGCUCUUUUUUUUUUUUAAACUUUUUUUUAUUUACUUGUGAUGUCAGCAGCCAGAUUAAUUGUUAAGCUAAUUGUGUA